UCUCCCCCGCUAAUGAUUUGCAUUUGUAAGGAACUGUAUCCUUAUACGCAUUUGAUGCCCUGUUGUCUUCCCCGACUAAUACCUGAUGAUGUUGAUUUACUGAUGCAUUUAAACAAUGCUUGUGUUAUGUAAAAUUCAAGGAUUUAUUAUGUAACUUUGUACUGUUGCUGUUUGCUGCUUCGUAAUUGCGUGUACAGUUUGUGUUAAGAGGUAACAUAAUCCUGAUUUCUCAACAGUCUAACAUCUUUAACGCGACGAUUAUAACACUCACUAAGCCAUGAUAACUGUUGUAACGAUAUGUUCUUUUAGCCUUUGAGAAAAUACUUUACAUUCACCAUUUGUUUGGUUUUGUUUAUCAUGUGCUACCACAACAACAUUUGUUGUGCUUCAUCGAUGUGAUGAGAUUGACUGCUUAAUGAUGCAGUCAAUUGAUGGGAGUGCAAAAGUUCCGAAAGUUCAAUCAUCUGUAUCUGCAUAGUUGAAUAUGGAUUAUUAGGAUAAUUGUCAAACCAAUGCACUAAGACCAGAUAACACACAUGUUAAAUCAAACGGCAAUACUUUACUAUUAAGUUUCGAACCUGUAAUAUUCUUACUGUAAUAACCAUAACAGUGAGAAAGACGAAUGAUGUGUGAUUUUUGUAUUUAUCUUCUUGGAGCAACCACCUUUUCCACUGAUCAAUUGGAUCAAGCCAUUCAAAACAUUGACGUAGUAGUUUAAGCGGCAUACGAUGAACGUGAGUGUGCAGUGCAGAGUAUCAAUCUUAUCCGAUACUGAACUGAUGAUGAGACGCAGACUCUAAAGUAGACGGUAGAAAGCAAAGGUAGAGCGCGGUACGUAGACAUUAUUAUUUUUAGCCAUUGAUCGCAAAUAUACGCUCACAUAUUACGAUACGAGUGACGGCGUACGGACGAGUGACGGCGUGAAAAAAUGGUAAACAAGAGCUACUCUAAUACCGUUAUAACGAAUACACCUUUUUCAAACCCUAUACCACGCCAGUUGAACGGAUCAAGAGAACAGAGAUGAUUCUUCACAAUUAGAUAGGAAGAAAGUAUCUUUUUUUUUUGUAAACUAUUGGCUUCGGUCCAACUGAGUAGACGAAAGCUAUAACCGUUGUGCACUCAGCAAUACCAAGUGCGCAUGGUCAGUAUGCAUACACACACCAACGCAGGGUUAUACUUAAAACGGAGAAAAGAAAAUGUUGUGCCGGACGACAGCAGCGAGAGAAAACUCGUUCUAAACGAUCGACGCGGGCGAUGGUUCUUCGCGCGUAGUCUGAGAAAAAGAGUCCAACCGAACAGUCAUUUUUUUGUAAAUUUUCAAAUCUUUUGCUGAAAGAUCAGUGUAAUCGUGUUAUUUGGCGUGAGAUGAAAUGAGAAAAUCCGCCAUCACCAUGUUGUGCCAAUUUAUGCAUAGGAUGUAGUUUCAAUAUAAAAACUUGCAUACUUUCAUACUGAUUGCAAUAGAUAGAUACGAUUUGAUUACGGCAGUGAAUUUGUUCAUUACACGGCAACAAUAAUAGUGAUUGCUUUCGUAUUGUUAAUCACAGUGAAAGGCACCACGUGAAUUCUACAGUGCAUUAUUAUACACAUACUUGAUCUUAAUUUUUUUAAAUGAAAACAGCACUCAUUAGUACAUCGAUCACAUCGUGUUAAGUGACAUCUACAUAUGUGCCAAGUGAAUGCGUGUCGUGUGUAUGAUCCAGUGUAUAUCCCUGCUCUCUCACCUUCACUCUAUUUCUCUUUUUCUCUUUUUUUGUUUUUGAAACUGAUCAUUACAUUUGUGUAUCUAUAAUGUCGUUGUUAUGUUGCAAACUUAAAGCCAACGUAUUAAAGUUGAAUUGACGAAUUGCGAUCGGCUUGCGAUAUAACGUAAACAUACACACUCGUGCGGCAGACUACCCAAACGAAGUUGAAGAUCCAUUCAAGAUCGUUAAGACGUCGAAUAUGGGUCAGGAGAGCGGAACAACGUUAACAAUUGGCCCUAAAUUUAAGGCAAAAACAUCUAGCCUAGGCGUGUGGUCCCCCUUCAAUCGAUCUACAGAAGUCCUAACCAAGGAAGAACUUGCCGAACGAUCGUCAUCCAAGAACAAGUCUAACACAUCACAACAAUCUCCCGUUUGGACACCACGCAGCGCGCCCCCAUCACCCGCAACGGAACGUCGCGAAUUCCGUCCAAUCGGGUUUGAAUCGCCGAAACCAACACGGAGAACUUUAACCCCAAGUCCGGCUGAUCCUUCGACCGUGGUAGCGCCCCCCUGGAACCAGCCCGGCUACAAUCCCCCACUGCCCAUUUCAGACAACUUCAAACCUUACCCAAUUCAAAACUCCGCCUCAAACCCAACACUUGGGGCACCUGUUCGCUCGGCAAGCGCAUCCACAACCUCACAAGGUCAGGUUACUCAAGUACGAUUUCCACCCCAGCAAAAAUCUACCAUCUCACAUGACCCAACGAUAAAUACACUUCUUAAAUCGAAAGAUGGAAAAACAGCGACUAUAAAAGCAUCUGAAACAUCAGAGAGCCAGCAGAAAGGCUCAACUACUAGUAUUAUUCGCACCUCAUCGUCUUUAAUGACGAACUCCUCUCGACAGAGUAGCGCGGGCAUCAUAAAUCCUACAGCUAAUCAAAAGCCUUUAGUAGGACAAAGAUCGGAAAAAGCUAGCACAUCUUUGCAAGAUAACAAUUAUUCCCAGGAUCGCAAGAUGCAACAGACAGCUCACAAGGUUGAUGGCAUCGGCCCUAUUACCAGGGAAGGAAUGCCACUCACGUUACGAUCAGAAAUUGAUGAAGGCAAUCGAGACAAAUGGUAUAAACAAAUGUACCAAACGCUGCACAAAACCCAGGAUGAUGCCGAUUAUGUUACCGUUCGAUACAAAACUCGCAGAGGAUAUCCUUACAAAUCUAGCGGCUAUCAGUCGGAGCCGGAACCAAACUACGAUUCGGACUACACCGUCAAGUAUAGCACACUCGAUCGUAGACGAACACCGAUCGGGCUAAGUUCGACUAGCUACAGCAAGUUCAACACACUGCAGAACAAACCCACAACACCUCAACAGUACCACCAACAGUCGAUAAAGUCGGUACAUUCUUCCUAUAAAAAUCAGCCAGGAAAAAUUGAAGAUUACAUUCCGGGCCGCUCGUCAAUCUCGGAAAAAGAAUCCAAAGAGUGGUGGGAUGAAGUAAUGGACAUUUUUAACGGGCAAUUAGAGCAUCAGAAACUGACGACUAGCAAGACAUACACUGAAGGGAACUUAUCAAGAGCACUGAAGGAGCAAGGGUACGAGAGUGAUUCUACGCUGGUCUUUCGUAAACGAGAUCCUCCCGCCAGUGCUGCAUUGAGUCCAGUAGAGCAAAAGCAAUACUAUAAAAACAUGCAAGCUGGGGGCGAAGUCCCACUACAAGGGUUUCGGAAACCUGCUCCAGAAAGGCCAAAAGAUCACAGUGAAGAACAGAUCGAGUCGGAUUUGAUGGUGGAAAUCAAGGAAAGUAUGACUGGCAGCCAAUCCAACGGCGCAAAUGCCGGAAAACUGGCCAUGUCCGCUGACGGCAGUACCAAUCCAUUCCGCCAUCGGGAGACCAUUGCCUGUUAUCCUAUUACAAACAUUCACCAACCGCUGGACAUGUUUGGACCUUUUCCGAAAGAGUACCGCACGUUCGUACCACCCGCACCGCCGAGCCGAAAGUCUUCGCGCAGCAACUCAACGUUAAAAAUCAUGUCGCAGGUCAAAACAAACACAUUCAAUAGACGUACGAUGCUCGAACGAACCACCACCACAACGUCGUCAUCGUCUGGAAUGAAACAACCAUCAAAAUUCCGUUCAAAAUCGGCGGGACCCUUAUUCUACGGGGGUGCUACUUCGAGCUCUUCGAUUGUAACAUCCGCGUCGCUGAUGAAAGAGGAAAAAAAUCAAGAAAACAGUACACGAGUAGCUUCCAAACGCUAUACCGCUGGCUCGUAUCGGACAAGCUCGAGCAGCCCCACCGGACAGCAGCGAAAGGCGAGUCAAAGUCCGGUGGCAUUCGGUAGAGGCAUCUCGAAGGAGCGUACGUUCGCGGAAGAAAAGAAACGCAUCGAGGAAAAACUACCCAAAAUUGUUUCAGUUUCAACAAGCAUUUUGCGCAAUCCAGAACUAAAAUCUCCGAAUGAAGUCAAGAAAGCCUUGCGCAGUUCGUAUCUUCCGAUAGUGGGCAGAGUAGAAACCCCUGAAAGGUCAUCACUGAAACGCUACUCAUCGCAUGGAACGUAUCGCAGCGCAUCAAGCAUUUAUUCUUCGAACAAAAGUAUUAAUCGAGUUUCAUCUCCUGCUUCGACGUAUAAGAGGGAAGAGAAGAAUGGCUCACAUCAUCACCAGCUAAAGAAAUCCUUCAAUCGGAAAUCCUCCACAGUGCGCACCACGACGCCAAGCAUCACAAUUAAAACAAGCUUCCAAAAAGCAUCGAAAGCUUUCGGACUCAAAGCCAAAACAUCCUCAAAUCAAAGUCUCGCCCGUACUUGCUCGACUUAUUCAAUCGAUUCUACCAAUUCCAAGACCCGACGAUCCCGUAUUUCAGACGGUCCAUCAAGCACCAUACCACCGACCAGAAACCAUCCGAGAUCUGCUCAAAAAAUAUUUCUGGGCAACAGUCUAGACCGUGGACUUAAGACUGUAAAGACCAAAUCACCCACACCAGUGUUACAGGAAACACACCUUCAGUCUAUGGUACAACGUAACGAAAGUAUGCGCAGUGAUGAUUUCUUCCAGAAACUUUUCCUUCGAGGACAUCCGCCCCAAGGUGAAACAGAUGGCGAUGGAAAACCGACAAGUGUACUAGAAAAAGCCCGCAUGUGGAAUAGUCUUACGUGCCGUUCGGAGCCUUCACUCAAACAAUCUAAUUACUAUCUCUCUCAAGUGAAGCCCGUAUCAUCCUCCAAAUUUAAAACCAACGACCGGUCCGAUAUUUCAGAGCUAUCCACUGCAUAUCAAAUCGUACGCCAGAUUGGUGGAGACGUAAUCGAACAAGUGAACCGGUUCGAAUCGAUGAUAAAACUCACGGAUAAUCAGCAAGACGACCAACAUCAAUUUGGGUACGUUCGUGGGCGACGUAUGGAAAUAGAUUACAGCUUCCACGAGCGCAGCCGCAGUGAGCCACCGGCAGAGAAAACGACCACCACUACCACUAGUACGAUUAUACAGGAAGAGCUGAUCGGUACAGACACGCCAAGAACGAUCGUGGGUCGACGGUGCCAAAUUGCUCAACGCACAUCCCGGUCGCCCUCCUGUCGACGCAUUCAGUAUCUCAAAGGGAAAGAAGGACAGGUAAAGAAAAUCAUACGAGCACGCAGCCUGAGUGGUACCAACGGGCAGCGGGGUCGUUUGGACAAACCCAAGGAUGAGCUGGUCCGCAGCCACUCACUAAAUCUCAGCCAAGAUUCCAGUGUUUCGCGUAGCCGCUUUCGUGAGCUGAACACUUUCUACAAUAGCCUCGAGCGACUCGGACAGCUAGAACGCGAAACGUCAUCUUCGUCCAACGACUUACGGCCUUCUCGGCGCAUGCGAGAAGAAGAAAUCAUCGACUACGAUCUCUGGAAGCGUGUACGCGUCCAAGAGAAAGCAGAACGUGAGUUGAGUCAGCUGAAGAGCAAGCUCAAACAAGAUCAGCGCGAGAAGGAUCUGUUUUUCUUGCCUCGCGAUCCAGAAGAUGUACGCUGGCGAAGCGACCUGGAUACGGGACUGCGCAAUCGAGAAAAAUCGGUAGAGGAUUUAAAAUGUAUUCUGAAUGAACAGGCGCUUAACUUUGAGGAUGCAAAACUACGCGAUCUCGAAACUCGCAAAGACCAUUACAAACCGCUGUGGCGGGGAUCAUCAGUCAUUGAUGUCGCCUCCCAUUUGGAGGAAAAAUAUUCUACUCAAGGCGAAAAAAGAGAUGAACCCCAGUCGCUGGAUAUUAUCAGCAGUAACCUACUCAGCACACUAUCGUCGGAGCAAAUGAAAAAACUAAAGAACCAACUGAGUGAAAUUUAUAGCAACAGUACCCCAAAGGACCCGGCCACACCAUCGCGCGUUUCCUCCGAAAUGUACCAUCAUCAAGAGGAAUACAUUAUCAACGUGCCCGAAAGAGCUAGCCGACUGGAAUCGUUGCUUAAAGUACGUAGCCACUCGGUGCUCACACAGGAUAAAGUAAAUCAAUGCCAGCUUCGAGCGCAAUCGCUUAAACUCGACCAUAAAACCGGCGAAAAACUGGCCAGCAAAUCAUCCGCCCAGAGUAAUCAACAAACCUUUCAAAGCAACUCCUUGCCUUCAAAAACAUUUGAUCGAGUUGCUCUUUCACGAUCGCUCUGCCAGGAGCUAAAGGAUAAAAUUUUGGAAAAGCAUCAUACACUACCAUCGAUCGGUAAAAAGAAAAAAAAUGCUCGACCAACAAUUCUUGCGUCGGAGGCAUCGAUAUUCUCAUCGUUAGAGAACACCAGGAAAAGGGGCGAUGCAAACACAACUUCAUCAACACAACAACCGUUAAGCCGACAACAAACAAGUGAGGGUGCCAACAAAAAUAUUGAGGAUAAGGCACGUAAAGAACGGCUACAGUCGCACUGCGACACCGAAAGUAUCUCCUCAGAAACCUCCAACAAAACGGUCAUUUUUCGCAGUCAGACAUUGUGCCAGGCUGCAGCAGACGAUGUACCUGUAGAGGAUAUCAAAACUAAGAUCAAGUAUUUUGAAAACAAGCAAGGAGAGGACACUCCCACUGUGACCAUUUACCAUGCCCGAGAGGAUUCGUCUCUCUCCGAGGAUGAGUCCGGGACUAAACAACAAGCAGCAAGCAAGAAAAGCGCAGCUAAAGGAACGUCCGGUUCAAUGAUAACGCUAUCCCAAUCAUUCACUGAUCUGAAAGAUCUUUUCGGCGAAAAGCGAUCGGUGUCCUGUUCCGCCUACACUGCCAAUAGUUCCAGCCAGGAAUCGAAGCGUACUUCAGUGCGAAAAAUGUCACCGAAACGCUUCACUUUUCGAUCCCGAAGUUCCACCCCGGACUACGCUACCUGCAUACAGACGGGUGAGGUGAAAAAGAUUAAAGAUAAGUUUGAAAGUUUGGACGUGAACAUAUGGCGCCAAUCGGAAGACAUCGCAGUAAGUUCAGAACGACAUUAUCAGAGCGAUUCAGAGCUAAGUCGCCAACCGUUCGGCGAGUACGAGAAACGUGACACUGAAAACUCCAGCAAGAAAAACCAAAGCAAGCAAACGACACCAUCUACGAUCGUGCGCCAUCACGAAUCAGGGGACGUUUCCCGUAUCACACAUAAAUACGAGGCACAGUCGGAACGUGCCCGGUGCCGCAAAUCACGUAAAGAUCGCGUAAUAUCACCCAUACCAAAAAACCCCUUUCGGAAGGAUGAUCGGUUCAUGCCGCAUAUAAACGUCAUCAGCAAGACAGCGUCGCUUAAGCAAGAAAUUAAGCCUACGCGUGCUCUCCACCAUCAUCAGCAUCAUCCGUCAGCCAAAACGACGUCCGCAGUACUCCAGGCGCCUCAUGAUACGUGCGCAUCGCCUCGAACUACUCCAACUCCAACUGGCAGCGCACGUCGCAGCGCGUCCUCUGGUAGUGAGGAGUUUGAAAAGCUCAAAAAGUCUCCGCGCCGCUACAUCGAAAGUGAUGUCAACAUCCAUUACAAAACGCCGAUCCGGUUCGAGUAUAAGGAACCGAUCCCGGACGAUGAACUUGCCUAUCGGCAGGCGGAGCAUAUGCGACGGGUUUAUCAGGAAGAACGCCGCCGGAAGUACAUACAUGAAUUGGAAGACAUGAAUGCCCGGCGGCACAUGGACAACAUUUUGCCGUCGCAAAAAUCGCCCAUCCCGCUGAACCGGUAUGACGAUUUUCCCGCUGAUCUGUCUCCGAAACCGCUGAUCGUUCAGCAGCCCAAAACCAUUGCUCGAGCGUUGUACAACUUUCAGGGACAGAGCGUAAGGGAACUGUCUUUCCGCAAGGGCGAUAUCAUUUAUUUGAGAAGGCAAAUCGAUAAAAAUUGGUACGAAGGAGAGCAUAAUGCCACGGUCGGCCUAUUGCCAGCUAAUUAUAUAGAGAUUCUUACUAGAGACAACGUGAAUGUAAAGCAACCGCUACCCAAGAAACCCACUCGGGAAGGUAAGGCAAGGGCUAAGUUCAAUUUCACCGCACAAACUGCCGUCGAGCUGUCGCUUCUGAAGGGUGAGCUGGUGACGCUCACGAGAAGAGUGGAUGACAACUGGUUCGAAGGCAAAAUAGGAAGCAAAAAGGGAAUCUUUCCAGUAUCGUAUGUAGAGAUACUGACCGACAUCGAUGGUGAGGAGAGCUACGACAUCGAACCAAUUGUCAGCCGCCCUCAGUCCGCUCUGGGAGUCACUAGCCAAACGUCACAGGCACUGACAACGCACUUCGACAACUCGCACACCAACGGCCGCAUCUCGCCCGGUAUCGUACGAGAAACGAAAACGAUUCAGAAAACGGAAGUUUUGCACGUAGACACAUCUAAUGAACCUAUAUCCUAUCGCGCUUUGUAUAACUACAAACCACAAAACACCGAUGAACUAGAGCUGCUGGAAGGGGAUGUAGUCUACGUUUUGGAGAAAUGUGACGAUGGUUGGUAUGUCGGCACGUCCGCACGCACAGGAUGCUUCGGCACGUUUCCCGGAAACUACGUCAACAAAAUGUGAGACAGCGGAUGAUGAUGUGUCUUUGAAAAUCUUCAACUCAACAUCACCAAACCCCGCCCGAACACCCAUGGUUCUGGAUGCACGCGGAACGAAACGAAACGACCGUGCCAAUGCACACAAAAGGGCAGCUAAAGGCUAGCACGAUAGCAAUGUUUUAGUGGCUGCCUACACCGCGAGAUAAGAACUAACUCUCACCCUUGCCAACAAUUCACCUACAUUUGUGAUGCGACAAAGAGCAAUACCAAAAAAUCACAACCAUACAAAAAAAGCUAAUUCUAUCGAAGUAGUGGCUUGCUAGUCAUAGUGAUAUCUACCAUUUACAACCAAACGUGGAAAGAGUUGAUUAUGCGUACAAAUUAAUUACUAUUGUAAAGCAUAACAUAGAAACAGAGAAGAACAUUAGCCGUUGUUGUUUGUAGCUUUUUGGUCCACAUGCAAACAAACAGAAGAAGAAGAAGAAAAAAACACAUUUGCCUUUUUUCAAACAACAGCAACAAAACAAAUUAUUGGACUAGUGUCGUAGCGAACAAUCGUAGCAAAUCGUAAGCAAAACAGAGGUGCCUUCAUACCACAAGCAAUUACGAUCCCAUUAAAACUCAGAUUUGAUUCACAGGGACUGACAAACUGAAAUUGCCUUACAAAUUCAAUUUUCUUCGACAAAGAUUUCGAUAAAACUAACGGAAGCGUUACACCAUCCGCAAAAAAAAACAAACGAUAUUGCUUGCCUUCGGUUCAACUGAUUAAAUCUAGUGAAGCCAAACAAAACAAUGCGCACCAGGGUUAGCAUCACCACAAAGUUUAAGCAAAUCUCGUCUGGAUAUCUCAUACCUUAACCGUUUGUAAUGCACAGUAGGAACAUUUUAAUUUCGUGUGAACACUGACUCACCUUCAUUUAUGCACGCAUCCUAAUAACAUAAUGCAGUGCAUUAACACACUCAAAUUGUGUUUGUUGUUUCUUACAUAAGAAUAACUCACUUUCGAUGUUUAUCGUAACCGAGUCGACACCUGAUUAAACGUAACAUGUUUCAAUAAACGAUCACAUUGUGUACAAUCAAAAACUGGUAAACAAAAAACACACACACUAACUUUAAUCGUUAUCAGCUAGUGAGAUGUAUUAAACUUUAUGCCCAGCAUACCACCAUUAGCAACAUAACAACUAGCUACAACUUGUAACGGUCAUCUAAAGAGAAACCCUCCCCCAAAUCAGAUACUUAACCAAUUGUUCAGCAAGAUAUGCACGUUUUAGUCGAAGAGAAUCCUAUUGAUAGGUUUUAAUGACACGUGGUAUAACUUUUCCUUUGAGUGGUUUAAUAAUAAUACAAUAAACAUCCAGACAACUA